AGGGAGCCCGGCAGGAUGGCCCGGCCGGGGCUGCGCUCCGCCGGGGGCAAGUGGCUGCUGGGGCUCGUGCUGGCGCUCUGCCGCCUCGCCACGCCGCUGCCCAAGACGCUGGAGCCCGUGUCCUGGAGCUCCCUCAACCCCAAGUUCCUGAGCGGGAAGGGAUUGGUGAUCUACCCGAAGAUUGGCGACAAGCUGGACAUCAUCUGUCCCCGGGCGGAGGCCGGCCGGCCUUAUGAAUACUACAAGCUGUACCUGGUGCGCCUGGAGCAGGCAGCGGCCUGCAGCACUGUGCUGAACCCCAAAGUGCUGGUCACCUGUAACCAGCCUGAGCAGGAGAUCCGCUUCACCAUCAAAUUCCAGGAGUUCAGCCCCAACCACAUGGGUCUGGAGUUCCAGAGGCAGCAGGAUUACUACAUCACAUCCACAUCCAACGGGAGCCUGGAAGGGCUAGAGAACAGAGAAGGGGGGGUAUGCCACACUCGGACCAUGAAAAUUGUCAUGAAGGUCCAGCAGGAUCCCAAUGCCAUGAUACCUGAGCAGCCAACCACGAGCCGGCCAAGCAAGGAGACGGACAACAGGGUGAAGGUGGCAACGCAGCCCCCCCGAGGGCGGGGCCCUUUUGGUGAUGACAGCAGCGGUAAGCGUGAGACUAGUGGUCAGGACGGGAAGAUCCCCAGCGGCAGCGGUGCUGGUGGUGGGGCCGACGGCUUCUUCAGCUCCCGAGUGGCCGUGUUUGCAGCUAUCGGGGCAGGCUGUGUCAUCUUCCUCCUCCUCGUCAUCUUCCUCACGGUGCUGCUCUUGAAGCUUCGGAAACGGCACCGAAAACACACGCAGCAGCGGACGGCAGCCCUGGCCCUCAGCACCCUGGCCAGCCCCAAAGGCAGUGGCACUGCGGGCACAGAGCCCAGUGACAUCAUCAUCCCCUUACGGACUACAGAAAACAACUACUGCCCUCACUACGAGAAGGUGAGCGGGGACUACGGGCACCCCGUCUACAUCGUCCAGGAGAUGCCUCCUCAGAGCCCUGCCAAUAUCUACUACAAGGUCUGAGUGCCCCAAGCUGGUGCAGCUGGCCACAAGCAAUGGGCAUGAGCCUGGACAGGCACACUCCUCCCAUGCCAGCCGGGUCCCAAUUUGGGUAUAUAGGUUUUUAGCUUCUUGGCUUUUAGAAUUCCCUGCCCUCCUGUCUCAGGAGCGGGUAAGAGGGCAGGGGUGUGCCCUUAGGAAGCACCCUCCUGUCUCUCUCCCCUCUGUUCUUGUGCCUUCCUCAUCCCAUGCCCUGCCCGGGCCUCUGGUGCCAGCACCAUGGUGGCAGGGUUGGACAUUGGCUAGCAGUUGGCACCGAGCCCUGCCCUCUCCUCCAUGUCACACCCACCCCAGACUCAGUCCACCUUUGGCCAUCAUUGUCUUCUUGAACCCUGCUCACUUUUAACUGUCCGUUUUUCAUCUCUUUGGAAGAAAAAGCAAAAGGGGCCGACAGAACAAAGGAAGUGCAGUGAAAGGAGGGGCCCUCUUGGGCCCAGCUCUCCAGGACCCCCCACCUCAGCUGUUCUUGAGCUUUGGUGGAGUAGAGUGACAUUUCCUCUGGCUGAGCUCCUUGGGAUUUCUGGAGGGGGCCAGGCCUGGCCUCCACCAUGUAGUGAGAGGGUGCGCGUGGCAAGAGGCGCCCUCAGUCUAUCCCGCUGCAAAACUGGACUGAGAGUUGGAAUACUGGGCCCUGGUUGUUGGUGGGAUUUUUUUUGGGGGGGGGUAUCAUCCCACUCUCUGCUCCCCUCCCCAAAUUCCUUCCUUGUGGGAUUCUUGGGCACCUCCUGCCUCCCUCACUCUCACGGUAAUUAGUGUCUUAAUUGGCUGUUGCCAAGGCAACAGGAGAGCCGCAGGCAUUGUGACCUCAUUGGGGGGUGGGGUGCACAGGUGGCUAUUUGCCCUGGAGAACGGGGAGUUUCCCUUCUCCUCUCUCCCCUUCCCCCUCCCUUUCAGCACCACUCUUCCUGCCGAACCCAGGGGUUCUGCUACCCGCUUUGAGCUGGAGCAGGUGCGCGAGCCAGAAGCCGGAGCUCUGCCCACCCCCUGUUCCUGCGGGUUGGGAGGGGAGAGCAUGGGGCCAGAUGUUGCUGCUGCCUGCUGCCUGGGGCCUGAGAGGGGGCCGGUGGGGCUGGGCUUCUGGAGCCCGGGGCACACAUGGGGCUCCCCUGCUCAUUGCCCUCCUGGGGGCUGGGCUUCCAGUGCUCCUGCCAACCCCCUCUUGGCCGGGCUCCGAGCCCCAGGGAUGGGGCACCCAGCCACCCUCCCGCCCUCUGGAGGACAGGCAGAAGGUUGUGGCUUUGUUUCUGUUUAUGUAAAUAUGAGUCUUUUUGGAAGAAACCCUGUAAAGAUGUUUUGUACAAACAA